UUGACUCCGCGAUUGUGUGUGCGGUGGUGUGUCGUCGCGAGUGCGAGUGAGCGAACGAGCGCGCGCGCGUGCGACACAAGUCCGUCCCGUCCGUGCAGUCAGUCGGCGAUGCUCCUUUAAAAAGCAAAGUGUUACUCCGGAGUGCGCGCGCGAGUGAGAACGUUACACCGUCGAGAGAAAGAGGAGUCGAGGAGAGUGGCGAGAGGCGCGUCGUAAGGACGCGUAGUAGUAGUAAGGUGCCUCGUAAGCCACGCCGUGCGCGGCCAGGCAGCACGAUCCCGUGACGACGACGACGACGACGACGACGACGACGACAACAACAACGACGACGACGAGAACGAGGAGGAGCGGAGGAAACAUGCUGCCGCAGGCGACGACGGGCGCGCUGCUCUGCGGCCUGCUGCUGGCCCUGCUGUGCUGCGUCGGACUCACCCACGCGAGCAUCGCCGCAGCCUUCGAGUCGACACCUUCGAGCUCCUUCGAUCAUGGAGCUCCACGAUUGGACCUGGAGAGCCUCGAGAGCGGAUAUCACGGCCUGGUCAAGGAGAACGAAACUCUGGUCGAGGUCACGCCGCAGAUCCGUGCCCUGGGAACGAAAGUUUGCUCCUUCCGCAUCGCGAACAAGCACCACGGCGAGGCGCCGUUCGAGAUCAUCCUGAAGGAGAAGGGGAUGGCCGAGCUGCGGGCGUUCCGGGUCCUGAAUUGCGAGAAGCGCCGCAAUUACAAGUUCGACAUCGCCGCGGUCGGCUGCAACGGAGCGCAAUCGGAAAACGCCACGGUUCAUAUUACGGUGGUUGACGUGAACGAGUACGCGCCGCAGUUUCUCCAACCGGCCUAUGUCAGUACCGUGGACGAGGGUCGCCUCUACGAAGAGGUGGUUCGCGUCGAGGCGUCCGAUCGUGACUGCACGCCCAAGUUCGGCGAUGUCUGCAAGUACGAGAUCCUCACCGCCGAUCAGCCAUUCAUCAUCGACAAUGAGGGUGCCAUUCGCAAUACCGAGCCCCUGGACUACGAGCGCUCCCACAACUACAUCCUUAGCGUGGUCGCCUACGACUGCGGCAUGAAGCAGUCUGCGCCAGCGAUGGUGACGGUCAAGGUGAACCGUGUGUGCGCUCCCGGAUGGCGGGGCAUCCCCGAGAGGGUGGAUUACGCCGCCGGCGUUGGUUCGCAACCUCUGCUGCCCUCGGCGCGGCUUGACCUCUGCGACGCGCCCUGCAUUUUGCGCAACGUACGCGCCACCUUGACUCUGGCCACGGAUCACAUCGGCAAGGGUUGCGAUCGCGACACCUACGGGGUUCGCAGCCAGCGAAAGCUGUGCGGCGCCUCGCGCGACAGCGUGGAUCUGCUGCCCACACCUGGACCCACAGCCUCCUGGACGGCUACUCUUUCCAGAGACGAGGGUAGAGAGGCCGAUGAGAUCUUCGAGUUUGACGGCGUGGACUCGGCCGCGAUCGUGCCCAACGACGUGCUGGAGCACAGCCUAGCGCAGAAGUUCACCAUCGGCGUUUGGGUCAAGCACCGACCACGCCCGCGACAAGAUCCGCAUGUUAAGGAGCACAUUUUGUGUGCUGCCGACGAUCACAAGAUGAAUAGGCACCAUUACGCCCUGUUCAUAAGGAACUGCAGAUUGAUUUUGCUGCUGCGACGCGACUUCUCCGAGGGCGAUCCCAACAUCUUCCGUGCUGCCGAAUGGCGUUGGAAACUCGGCCAGGUAUGCGACGACAAGUGGCAUCAUUACGCGAUCCAGGUAGACUUCCCGCGCGUCAACCUUUACGUCGACGGCGAGGAGUGGCGCGCCGACGAGAAGAAUCCCGAAGUCAUCGACGACUGGCCCUUGCAUCCGGCCAAGGGCGUCAACACCACUCUCGUGGUCGGGGCGUGUUGGCAGGGCUCCGAGAAUAAGACCAAACACCAUUUCCGCGGCUACCUCGCCGGUCUGUCCGUUUUAGUCGGCCGAAACGAGAAGCCGGAAGUACUGUCGUGCCUGCGGCGCUGCCAGGAGGGCAUUCACGUGCCACCGAUGGACUUGUUGCAACCGGGUACUCAGCUGCUGACCAAUUCCGACAUGACCGAGGUGCGCAUCGACGGCGACAACCGCACGAACGUGGAGACCCUGUUGCGUCGAAUCGGUUACUCCAACACCCGACGUUUCCCGACGCCCGGCCGCCGUAACUUCCGUCUCGACACCACGAUCGUCUGUGAGGGUAGCGAGAACACGCCUCUACCGGUACCGACUGUGCAGUCCUACGUCACCGUGCUACCGCCUCCUCGACCUGGCAUCACCGUCAACGGCACCGGUUACGUAGCCCGAGAAUACGCUGAUUUCCGGCUGGGUGUACGCGUGUUCCCCGACGCGCGCGUCACCGCCGGAACGGCCGCCCGAUUGGACGCCUGCGCCGUCAGUGUUUAUCCGAGUCUCAACCCCGAUCACGAGAGUCUGGGAUUACCCGGUGACGCCCUGCUCUCAUUCCACGACAUCUCCGCUCGCGUCGACCGAGACGGCGUCGUCCUCUCCGGCGCGGACUCGCCCUACAACUAUCAACAAUUGAUCCGUCUUAUCAUGUACACGAACCGCAAGCCGGCUUACUAUCUGGAUCGCGUCUUUAAGCUUACCUGUUCCGAGCUCAGCGGCCGCUUCGCCAGUAACGAAUACGUGCAAACGCUGGCCGUGAUUCAUCCUAAAGAAAAGACGACCGUUCCGCCGCACACGACACCCGGAGAACCGCCCAUUGCCAGAAUCGUCGAACCGGCACCGGGUCAUGCACAGCUCUCGCCGCAUCAUGCCGAUCUAACGGAGGAAUACGCUACGGCCGCGCUUCGCGAAGGCGGUAGAACCAUCGGCGGCACUGGCGGUAGCCAUGCCGUGACCAUCGUCGCCGCCGCUUGCAUCGGCUUCCUGCUGCUGAUGGCUGUGGUAGGCGCUGCGCGGGUCCGCGGAGCGGCCAAACGACGACGAUCCGCCGGUGACGAGCUCGCCGCCGAGACGGAGAUGGCCUGGGACGACUCGGCUCUCGCCAUCACCGUGAAUCCGAUGGACAGGUUGACGGAACAAGACCAGCAUCACCACAGCCAACGAGACGAGGACGUGGACGACUCCGGCAGCUCCGAUUCCGAGGACGGCUCGUUCCGGGACGAUGACCUCGACAGCUCCGACUGCGAGAACGAUUGCGAUCUCAGCAACGGCCGACACCGCCGUCACAACUCGCCGCACGAUCUGGAGUGGGAUCAUCGUGAUGUUUAAAUCACCCUACUAUCUUUACACUGAGCAUUCACACAUCUCCCUUUCUUCGCGUGACAUUGAGAGGAGUACUGGCAGCGUGCCAUUUUCCACAAGAUUCCUUCAUCGUAUAUCGUUUCCUCUCAUCGCGCCCGCGUGACGCUUGACGAGCACGUCUUGGAAGUAUCUCACGACCAAGAUGCCUCGCGCAGCUCUAUCGGCGGCUACGCGAAUUUAAUCUGCGGCAGUAAAGAGUUUCGAAUUAUCGUGUAUCAAACGUCUUUCGUCGAACGCGACUUGCGUCCGAGAGAUCGGUUUCUCAAAGUUCUCUCCCUUUGCAUCAGAUAUCACAGACGCAUCGUAAAGGGAUUAGAACAUUUAUUAUUUUCGAAUCUCCAGUAUAUAGAGUAAUAAGGUUUAACGUUCUAAGUCGCUCCACACGCUGCUCGAUCGAUUCUCUAAACGAUUAUUAUUCCCUCUUUACUGCGCAAGAGUGUUAUCGUAUUAUCCGUCCCCCCUUCUUAUCCUCUCUCAUAGAUGACGUUGGUAUAAUUGAUGAGGUAACGAUAUAAAAUGGCAUUCGGUCAGUACUCGUCUUAAGCGUCAGGAAAAACCUGUAAGAGUGCGGGACGCUUUAUCGAAUAUAGUUAAAACUCUUUCUACCUACGAACACACGUCGCUGAUGUUUGGUAGAAUCGGAGAUACACGCAAGAGAUACUUAAAAUUCCGCCAGGAAAAUAUUUCCGACGGGAAUAUUUACGGCAAUUAUUAAUUUAUAUUCUUGACUCAUCAUUGGUAGUAGUAGGACAAGGGAAUUCUUUUUUUUUUUUUAUACUCCUAACUCUAGCUUUCCUUCUUUUUACUCUAUAUACAGUUAUCGCUAUUUUAUUAUUACUAAUCGCUGCGACUAUAAUCAGUCACUUUAUCAAAAGUUGUUAUUAUUAUUAUUAUUAUUAUUUCUAUUAUUACUGUAGGCAGGACGGCCCGGUAGCGUAGUUUUAAAUGCGAAACAAUGCUGAGCCGACUCUAUAUUCUUCCUCGUCUUCUCGACUAAACUUUCUUAUCUAAGGUCCAUUUGAUCUCAUGAAUGUAAUUCUCUCGCAAUAAUCGUGUCUUUCGUAUUUUUGAUCAAAAGUGCUCGCGGUACGAGCUGACUCUAAUAGACCGGCGGCGAAACGCGCGUGGUAGGUACGAAGAUAAGCUGAAAGCUAUUCGCGCUUCGGUGUAGCACGUGAAUCGGGCUGAGCCUGGGCCAUACGAUGCUUGCCCAAUUUUACACUUUAAUUUUUAAGUCGUUACGCCUUCGAUCGUUUUCUUUGUUUUUUUUUGCACGAUGUUCCUUCCUGAUCAAUCUGCAGAAGAUGAGUAAGGACAUUACCACGCAUCUUAUGCUAGUGCUUCAACAUUUAAGAUAAUCGGUAUAGGCAUCAUAUCCAUGUAUGAUGCGUAAGCGUGACACAUACCGCUGAAGCUACGAGACUUUGAAAAGCGACUGUUUCGCCGUUAGUCUGUGAACGCUUGGAGAAAUUUGACAAGGGGAAUAUUUAUCUGCAUGCGAGCAGAUGUUUCAUGCGUCACGUAAUUUCCUCUGGUAUAAAUAUUCAUUUCUAAUUAAUUAAAAUUACGUGACACGUGAAGGAUCGGCUUAGGGGCAGAUUAUUCGCUCCUCGCCCGAGAUUGUCUUAGUUUUCCUAUAAGCGUUUAACGAAUUAACGGCAGUUAACCGGUACACGGUUUAUGUGCGCGCGACACGCACGUGCUCUACAUAUACAUACAUGAGCGUCCAUUCAUUAUUCCGUGGCGAGAGUCUCGUCUCGAAUAGCAGACGAUUAUUCUAAAGUAAUGCGCAGCGCGGCUAGAGAAGCCAUCGGGCGUGCUUCUCCCGUUAAUUUUCCCGGCCCAAGACGUGUCGUAUCGUGCAAUCGCUCUUUUCACAGAGAGAAAACCAAUGCUCUUACGUGCCUUUUAAGCAAGUAGUACAUUGAAUUCGCGUAUUAUACGCUUUACACCGAAAAAAAUUGUUUCCUUGAAAUAAGGAUACUAUAUACUUUGCAAGUCCUCUUAAUGUGGAUGAGAAUAUAUUUUCAUUUUCUUGAAUAUUCUUUAAAACUAAGAAUAUAUUCUUCCUAACGGACUUUUAAACAGUGACAUACAGAUCAUGUUUCAUUUGCGGUUUUGCAAAAAUAAUUAUAUCAUUAUAAUUUAAGAUAAGCAGUGCAGCGUUGAUGUUCAAUGCCUUAAACUUCGUGAUAUUUAAAUAAUGGAUGAGACGGUAAAACAAGUGGAGAGCUUAAUUGUUUUGUGCCCGAUUUCUUCUCAUAGCUGUCUUCCAGAUAAAGAUACUCAUCAAUUAACUAAAAACUUGUUUUCUUAUUGAAACCUCUGGUUACAUAUCUAACGGAUAGCUAUCCUUUAUACUACUAUUUUUCGACACAAAAUGUAUUAGAAUUUUAUUAGAAAUUAACGUAUUUUCUGGAAGAUGUCUCACGAAUAAAGUUAUUUAGAGGUGAAGAAAUUAGGCAUUAGACAACCAUAUUUUAAAGAUCAAGAUAUUUACAAUUUUUAUUAAAUUGUUUUUAUAUUUAAUCUUCAUGAUUAAUCAGUAAAUAAAAAACCGGUGCUAAUUCCAAUAAGGAUCGAUAUUUUAAAAUUACAUUUUCUUUCACAUUUGUGGAAAAUUAGUCCUAGAAUAAAUCGUGUAAAAUUCCAUCUUACUUAUAUCUAUAAAAGUAUAUGUAUAUAUCUACUAAUCUUUAGAAGAAUUUCCUUUGAAAUUGAAAAUUCUUUUGAUACCUAUUUUAGAAGAUUACUAUAAAAAUAAGAGGGAAAUUCUUGAGUCGAGAAUACAAUUUUUGCCGGUGUAACAGCGAAUUUCAGGCUGCGUUUUCUUCUUUCUUUUCUAUUCCCUUUUCGUCGCAGCAUCCCGUUCGCCCUGUGUUGUAUUGUUAUUAGGAACUUCUUGCGUAUAUCGUGACUCUUCCGAGUGCACGGUAAAACCGCGCGGUCCGCGACCGCCGGGUUCUCGGCGCGGUUUUAGCUCCUUUAUCGCCGCCCGAAAUCGCGUCGUAGCGAAAACUUCCGGUUGUAUUUUAGACGUUUAUGGCUGUUAGUUAAGGACGCGCUUUCGCGCCGAGCGUCGUUUCCGGGCGACGCGCCGUCGUCCGGUGGACUGUCAUGGGUUUUGGCGUACAAUACCUGUCGAUGGUCCCGUGUCGGAAAACGCGUCACACACGUGCAAUGAUCCCGUCGUAGGGUACAUUAAACUCUGUCUCUCUCUCUUUCUCUCUCGCUCCCUCGUCGAAAUGGUGGACACGACGGCUGCGCAUCCGUGAUCGCCGCGAAAUAAUGAACGUGAUCCUCGUGUGCGUGUGUGUCUCUGUGUAGACGUAAAUCUAGAAUUAUACCGAAUCGUUCGAAUGCGGAGGCACCACCCAGUACCGAAGAACUCGUACGUACGGAUAUAUCUAUAUUUCAUAUAGGGAACUAUAAUGAACAAUUUAUUUUUCCAACGAGCAUAUCAUAUCAUUUUUAUAAGGGAUUCGUCGGAAAUCGUUCUUUGGGAAGCUUGCCGCUUCGUCAAACGAGCGGUCCGCGAUUCGCGAAACGUCGCGACUUCGUAAGGGUUUCUUUCUCGUUCUCGGGGGAUAGGUUCCUUUUUUUUCCAAUCUCUCCGUUCCCGAGGAGGGUUACCAAUGUACACCGCACCCUCUCUUACGCAUUUCUCCGACUCGCGCGAAAGCAGAUACUUCGAUCGAGAAAUUCGGACUGCUCCAAACGAGAAAGCGGAGUUCGACGACUACCGGAAAGAAAGGAAGAAAAAAAAAAGACAGACGUGCAUGAUCGUUUAUCUGUUCCUUAUGACACCAGAGAUCGCAUAUAUACACUUAUAUAUACGUAAAACACCGGUGUGUACGCUUGCUUUUCUACUGUUUCCUUUCCUAUAGUGUUUUUCUCCUAACGCGAUUUUAUUACAUUGCAUUUACGCGAAUCUUAUCGCAACGUAAAAUCUCGUAUUUUAUAAAGACCGUGUGGCAACACGGUGAGGAGGUAAUCAACAAAAUUAACCGGACUCGCGACCGACCUCCGCGUGGAGGUCCUCGCAGGAUCGGAGCCGUGAAAGGAUCUGGCCUUCAUGAGUGUGUCUAAAUUAGCUUACGUAAAUGUGUACACACGCGUUUGUAUGCUUAAUUCUCGAGCAUAAGUGCACGGUGAAUUAUACAGUUCGGGAGAUAUUUGGGAUUCCUAUUUCGUUUGCUCGUCGUAACACGCGACAUCGUGAAUAAACGAUAAACUAGCGCCCUGCGCCAUCGAGCGCAUCCACGCGAUGUCGGCGUAAACGAAGUCAGAAAGAGCGCGUGAAAAUCGUUGGGAAAAGGGUAUCUCGCAGAAAGUAAUUUUGCCCGACGACCGUACACGCAUAGAGCGUCCCCUUAUUUACGCGGAGCAGUUCCUCGUUGGUUCUCGACAUCGUCACCCUUCUCUAUUCUUACUCGUCUGGAAGAUUCACCACUCGAAACUUCCCCAGAUAGCAGAGGAAAACUGAAAAAAAGAUGAAGAUUCUCUUUGAAUUCGCGAAUUAUAAAUUCUUUUUCCAUUUCAUUGCUGUUCUAAAAAGAGUUCAAAAACAAUUUGGUCCUAUGUCACCUCUUCAUCCGAGCUCUUUUUCAGAAAAAGAGAUUUUUUUAUAUGCUCUAUGAAAAUUCGUAAUAAAGGAGAUUCUUUUUGAGUUCGUUUCACGAAUAGAUUAUGCUAGUUCAAAAAACUGAAAAAGAUGAUUUCUUUUGAAUUCGCGAUAAUCACCCGUACUAUUUAGGUCGCUUCUCAGUCGACACAGUAUUACAUUUUAUAUAUCGUUGAAGUUGCAGCAAUCUUGUAGUUAUAUUAUAAUUUCGCCCUUUUCCAAAAGUAAUGAGGAUAGCACAUUUACAUUAUCUUAUUAUAAUUAACUACUUAUUUGUAUAACGUGAAAGUUCCAAUGUUUAAAUUCUAUGUAUUGAAGCAUCGCGUACUUGUUAUGUAAAUAAUAUGUAGCAUUCGCACAUUUACAUUAUGUAAAAGAAAGCAAUAGAUACAAGCAAUUAUGAUACAAAUAUCACGAAAUAUUUGUUAUAUAAUGUAUUAUUUCUAAAUUAUAUUUAACAGUUACAAAUUGUGUCGACUGGGUUCCUUUUUGUAAAAAAAAAGAAGAAAUUUGUUUAUGUGAAAAAAUUUAUUUUUAGUUUCGACGCAUAAACGGUUCGAAAUCAACACGUGGCUUAAGUUACGUAAAGCUCGAGCUGCCUUCCGUGUGUACGUGAUUUAAUAUUAUGCAAGGAAAUAAAAAUAUAUAUGUAGCGAUAAGAUAAUCCAUCAACCGAACGCGGUGAAAUAAGGGGCGGCCAUGCGCUUGCGAACAACUCUUUCGUUAUUCCGUAGCGAGAUAUCGGGGAGGCGAAAAGUCUCUUUCGACCGAGAAAUCAAUGAGAUCAAUGAAACGAGAAGCGAUUCGCAACACACGUGAACCUAAUCGGGUGCGCGCAUCCGCUCUAAAGAUGUACUUAAUCAUUUAAAACGGGAAACUGCGCAGAGAACAAAACCAACUAGAUGAUACUAUUAUAUAAUAUAUACAUAAAAAAAAAUAUAUCUAAGCUGUUUGCAAAUGAUGACGAUGUAAAGGGGUAAAGAGGGAAGAGUAAAGGAAAAGAGGGAAAAAAAUAAAAUAUGAAUUUGUAAUGUACCAUUGUAUUUUGUAGGCAGCUAGAGCGUGUACGUAUACAUAUGCACAGAUACCCCCGUGUAUGUAUGUAUGUAUGUUUACGUAUAUAAAUAUACAUACUCCUCCCCCAUCUUCGUCUCACCUAAUACAGAUACACGCAUACACAAUAUAUAACGUGCCGUUCGCCUGUAACGGCCAGAGGAAAAUAUUUUGGAUCUUUAAGGGAAGAACGAGAGAGCUCGGAAAAGUCGGAGUGCUGUAGCACGUCAAAUCUUAUCUUCCGAAUUUCCGAGGGGAGGACUUCCUCUCGUCUAUCACGACGAGGCGAGGGGCAUUCUCUUCAGCGCAUAUUACACGCCCGCCGCCACCGACGCGUAUCGACUUUUACACACACACACACACACACAUACAGACGUAUUCCAAUGUGACGACAGUGAAAAACGUGCAUGUAUAAACGCGCGAUCACGCGCGCGUGUAAAUCGAGAAAUUAUAACGCUUCGCGGAGCGAACGCUCGCGGAGCGAACGCUCGUGUUGCUAUUCGUUUUCAAGCUUGCCAUUUCCUUUCGAGGCGUUCCGAAUGAGAAAUGUAAAAGGGUCAUGCGUUAUGUCUUGCGGGCGCGAAUCGCCGCAAGAUUCGGCAAUGCGGCAAAAUUUUUUCCCCACGCGAACGGCAACUCUAUCGAGCUUUUUCGCGCUGGUGUAUCGUCGCGCGAUUACGAGAGCGCCCCGGUAUGUAAUUGCACUGAUAAUUUUCAGUAGAACGAAUUCAAAUUGAAAAGCAGGAAGUUCAUUAAUGAGAUUGCCGUGUACAUUUCGAAUAAUUUAUUUUUUCAUAUUCCGCCCAGUGAUAUUGGAAUCGAAUAAGCUGAAAAAUGCAUCCAAGCCAUAAAAAGCAUGUAGAGCGUGUUUAAUGCAUUACAUAUUUCUCAUAAAAUACCGAGCGAUCGCUCCAGGACCUCGUUGUUAUUUCACGUUAUAUGCGACACUCUCUAAAAAGAAGAAAAAAGUACGCGAAGAGAAAAAAGUAGCGCGUAGUAACGACACGGAUCGGAUGUUAACAAUAAGAGAAAAGUAAAUUGCGCGAUGACGGUGUAAUGAGUGAAAUAAUCAACUACUGAUUAGCUAGGCCGUAACGCGGAAUAUCGUUACGUGCCGACUAAAUUCCCUCCCAUCGCAGAUUGAUUGUGUGUUAACUAAUAAGAUUAAGUAACGGUAUAGUAUAUUACAGUUAAGGAAUUUAAUUAUUAUGAAUAAAUAAAAAAUAAUUAAAAGAAAAAAAAAUACCUAUCUGUAUGCUAAGCACACACACGUUUCGAGCCGUAACGUGACGUAUGGCUAAGGGCAAUGUUUAUGACUUUAAACGAGUCUUUAAUUUUAACGUGACACACUGAGUUACUCGGCGCGUCUGCACCGCGACGCACAGAAAACGUCAAAUUAUCUUGUUAACUCUGCAAACUGAAAGAUCGUUCAAGACAAAAAAAAAUGAGAAGUAUAUUAGCAAUAGUAUAUUAAUUAUACACACACAGGUACACGACACAAAAAUCACGCGCGGCCGCAUAUACACGCUGCACAGGCUAGGAAAAAUGAAAUACUAUCUAUAACGACAUUAUAAAUAACAUUAAGACGUCAACUGUAUUUGUUUAAUAAAGAUGUACAUUCGA